UUUAUUUUCCUUCUAAUAAGCAAAUCUGCUUUCCUAUUUUUCCCCAAUUUCUGAAUUCUCAUUCUUCCUUCUGAAAAGAGAAAAGAGUUGCAGAGAGAUGGAUCCAGAAGCAGUAUCAAAAGCGUUUGUAGAACACUACUAUACAACAUUUGAUGCAAAUCGUGGGAGUCUAGGGAGUUUAUAUCAAGAAGGAUCAAUGUUAACGUUUGAAGGUCAACAGAUCCAAGGAUCGCAAAACAUUGUUGCUAAAUUGAACAGUUUACCGUUCCAACAAUGUAAACAUACAAUCACAACUGUUGAUUGUCAACCUUCUGGUCCUGCUGGUGGUAUGCUUGUUUUUGUUAGUGGCAGUCUUCAACUUGCCGGUGAACAACAUGCCUUGAAAUUCAGUCAGCUCAAAACACCUACUACGUUCUGAAUGACAUAUUCAGAUUGAAUUAUGCUUGAGAGGAUGGGGUGAAGUUGGAGCUUUUCGAGUCAUUUGAUGAAAGCGAUGCUAUUGUGGUUUUUAUGUAUGGGAUAGGUAUUGUCAAUUGGGAUGUCUAGGAAGGAACCCAUGGAAUCAUAUAUUUUUUUAGUUUUGAUAUGUAACUUUUAGACUUCUUUUGAAUGAGGAUGAAGGGAAUUGCUCCUCCUUUCGGAUUUGCUUCUUUAAUUUCAUAUCUUGAGAUUAUUUUGCAAGUUUGUGGGUAUUGGCGAAUUGAUAGAAAAUAUUA